ACUGUCUAGGGUGUUAUGAUAACACAUGGAAACAUUGUAGCCACUGCUGCAGCAGUUAUAACAGUCAUUCCAGAACUAAAUAGCAAAGACUACUUGGCGUACUUGCCCCUGGCUCACGUUUUUGAAUUGGCAGCUGAGUCUGUCAUGGUGGCUACGGGAUGUAGAAUUGGUUAUGGCUCCCCAUUGACUUUAACAGACAUAUCAAACAAAAUUAAGAAGGGAACCAAGGGAGAUGCUUUUGAAUUAAAGCCAACUCUCAUGGCAGCAGUUCCUGCUAUACUGGAUCGUGUUCGAGAUGGAGUACUGAAAAAGGCUGAGGAUACUGGGGGUCUAGUGAAGACUCUUUUUACAUUUGCAUAUACACGUCGACUGGCAGCUGUAGAAGGAAGCUGGUUUGGGGCUUGGGGACUGGAAAAAAUGCUGUGGGAUUUAAUCAUCUUUAAGAAAAUACGCUCUGUACUUGGAGGAGAUAUUAGAUUUAUGCUCUGUGGUGGAGCUCCUUUAUCUGCGGAUUCACAACGCUUCAUCAAUAUCUGCAUGGGGGCUCCUAUUGGCCAAGGAUAUGGCUUGACAGAAACUUUUGCUGGAGCUGCUUUUUCUGAGGCAGAUGACACAGUAGUGGGCCGUGUAGGGCCACUCCUUCCUUGUUGCUACAUUAAGCCAGGUCUUAAUGAGAAAUUAAAAUGCAUGAAGCAACAUGCUUUUAGAUCAGUUCACUUAAUAUUAUUGACUUCGAUUUAA